UUUUACAGCAGCUGUAUUAUCAUAAAACUCUCUCAGACUUUAUCCCAGAGGACACUUUCAUCAGACUUCAUCCUCCACAAACUUCUCCAGUCCAAAUGCUCCGAAGACGACGCUCUAAAUGUCUAUUACAUCUCACAAGCAAUGGGGACAGAUUUGUGGAAAAAUUAGUGCAAGUUGGAAUUCCCAGAGCCUCUGAGCUGCAUGGCCCUGAUUUUGACUGGGUGUUUGAAUCUGCAGAAGACAAGGAGUUCUUAGACUGGUUUUGCAGUGUUGUUGUUGAUGAAGAGAAUAUUUUACGGGAUGAGGAAGUACAGGCAUAUCAAGAUCUUUUAGAAUCUGGCAAACUCAUUCUUGAUGAAGAGUCCCUGAAACAAUUGACCAAAUGUGCAUCCAAGUCCGUGAAACCUAAUGCUGAUCAGCAGGAAGUCCCUCUUGAGAAACUUCAAGAAGAGCUUCAGAAACUAGAAAAUCUGAAGAUUAUGAAGACAAAGAGGCUCCAAGAACUGCAAGCUCGGUCACCCAGAAAGAAGAAAAGCAUUGCUCGCCUUUGUGAAAAAGAGGAAGAAUGUGUCAGGGAACUGAAUGUGGAGAUGAAAUCAAAGAGUGCAGAGAAUUCAGAGAUGAAUAACUGUCUCCAGCAGCUGAGUGAUGGGUUAAAAAAACUUGGAGAGCUGUAUCAUAAAAGAGACACUGCUGGGUGCCCAGUGUUUCUCUCCGAAGUUGAUCAUGAUCAGUAUUCCUACUUGGAGGAUCGUUGUACAAAAAAUAUGUCUGAAAAUACUAGCUGGUCAUCUCUUCAAAUAUCAGAGGAGUCGCCCAGUGUCUUAAUGGAAAGUCUACACUCUCUGGAGGGCAAGAUGGAUUCCUCUUCAUUUCUAAGUGGGUUUCUUAAAGCAGCUGGAGGGAAUAGUUCUUUCCUUCAAACAGAGUGGGACUCAGAAAUAUCAGACUGUGAUGGGAAGGACAUCACAGAGGAGCUUGAGCUGCAGCUGAGGAAACUACAAGUAGUUUAUAAUUGUCUUCAGCAGGAGGCCAUUUACACCAGGGCAUCUAUGCAGAGUUUAAAUGCUUGUCUUCAGUGGGCAGAAAAAAUCUUGCAGUGUAAACCUAAUAAGAGCUGCAUGACAGAAGAGGAAGUCACUGCAAAGGUUUGCAUAUUACAGCAGUUGCUAGCCAAAAGUGAGAGCCAGGUGGCUCAGAUAUGUAGGAAUCUUCCCUUCCUCAUAAAGAGCAGUUCUGAGUUUGUGGCAAUUCCAGUGAGGAAAGGGCACUUAGACCUGGAAAUGCGUAACUUACAGAGGAUCACCAGCAAGCAGGACAUAGUGUUGGAUCACCAGCUGAAGCAAAUGGCACGUUUCAAUCUACUGCAGUCAGCUUACAGCAUGGAGCUCCAUGGUCACAAGGAUUUAGAUGGCAGUCUUGAAAAGCUUGGCAACUAUCUAACAACAAACAGACAAGACAUGGAAGACAUGAGCUAUGUUACUGAUUUCACAAACAUGCAAAAGAUAAUUGGUAAUAAAUCAGUUAUGGAUGAAACUCUGCAAAGGAUUUACAAGAUGCUUGGAGAUGAAGAUAAGUUGCUACCCAACAUUAUUCAAGACCUGGAGAAAAAGUGCACAAAGCUUACCAACCAACUGGAUUCCUUGCAUGAGCAGCUCUCUGACCCGGCCAUCAGGUUUCCUUCACUUGAGGCAGAUGUAGAGGCCUUGUAUAGUCUAAUGUAUGACAACGAAAUGCAAGUACAGCUCCACCAUGUUGAUUUGUCAGAAGGCUUGGAAGACUUGGCAACCAAGCAGGCCAAAUUGAUUGGAGACCUCGAAAGUACUAUGCCCAGUAGAAAAAUGUCUUUGAGAGCAUCUCGGCAAAUGGAGAGAAAUCUGUAUGUCUACUUUUUCCAAGAUCCUGACAAACUUAAAGAAGUGGUAGAGAAGGUAGAGAGAAAAGCUGCUUCAUGAGUCAUUUUUGACACUAGUAGGACCAGGAGUGCAUAACCUGUAAAGUACUUAAAGGGAUGCAUCAUGGUGAAACAGGGGAAUUUAAAGUUACACUGCAUUUGAUGCCUACCUUACUGUGAAACUUAAAGUGCCUGUGUUUUGUCUAUUUAUUGUUAAUGCCAUCAGGGAAGUUAUGCCAGUUAUGUCAUAUUUUACAUAGUAUUCUGGUCUUUUGCACUUAGUCUAGGGCACUUUUUUUGUAUUCUGUUUAUAUGUUGUAUUCUGUUUAUAUGUUGUACUGUUAAUGUUUGUUUAUAUAAAUAAAACCUUUAAAAGUUUCACUUCUAUUAAAUAUAAAUUGCAAAUGCAAUAUUAAAUGAA